AGAGAGACAGAGAGGGGUCGGGAGCCCCAGGGAGCAAAUAAACCUUCGCGACCGGAAGUGCCUUCCGAGCGCAGGCGGACCCGGAAGUGUGGCAAGACAGCAGCCACACCCGGAAGUGUGAUUCUCCCGCAGCUACGGGAAGUAAUGAUACCUGGCCAAUUGAGAUACGGAGUUAAAACAGGGAUGUUCAGAUGGAGGCCGGAGGAGACAUUGCUGCCCCAGCCCCCGGGGACGCGGAGGACUUGGAGGACACGCGGUUCCCCAGUGAGGAAGCUAGAGAUGGUGGAGGGGUUCACGAGGACCCGCCCGAUCCUGGAGAUGGAAGCGUGGAGGAAACAGGAUCCGAGACCAAGGACCAGCCACCCGGCCUGCCGCUCCCAUCAGAGGCUCCAUCAUGCCCCUAUGGGUUCUGGGGUCCUGCAGCCUCUGAGAGUUGUCCCAUGGGUGGCCCUGAGAGUGGCUCAGGGGCCCAGGGCGGGGACCCCAGUGACGAGGACUGGCGCAGCAAGAGGAAGCACGUGUUUGUGCUGAGUGAAGCCGGGAAGCCCAUCUACUCUCGGUACGGUAGCGUGGAGGCACUGUCAACAACCAUGGGCGUGAUGACAGCCCUCGUGUCUUUUGUGCAAAGUGCAGGAGAUGCCAUUCGUGCCAUCUAUGCUGAGGACCACAAGCUGGUGUUCCUACAGCAGGGCCCACUGCUGCUGGUGGCAGUGUCAAGGACUCCUCAGUCAGCCGCCCAGCUGCGGGGGGAGCUGCUGGCGGUGCACGCACAGAUCGUGAGCACUCUGACACGCGCCAGCGUGGCCCGCAUCUUCGCGCGCAAGCAGAACUACGACCUGCGCCGCCUGCUGGCCGGCUCCGAGCGCACCCUGGACCGGCUUCUGGACAGCGUGGAGCGAGACCCCGGUGCGCUGCUCCUGGGCGCCGUGCGCUGUGUGCCUCUCGCUCGGCCGCUGCGGGAUGCGCUGGGCGCGCUGCUCCGACGUUGCACAGCUCCUGGCCUGGCGCUCUCGGUGCUGGCGGUUGGCGGUCGCCUGGUGACCGCAGCCCAGGAGCGGACUGUGCUGGCCGAGUGCCGGCUGGACCCAGCUGACCUGCAGUUGCUGCUGGACUGGGUGGGGGCCCCGGCCUUUGCUGCGGGCGAGGCAUGGGCACCGGUGUGCCUGCCCCGCUUCAAUCCCGAUGGUUUCUUCUACGCCUACGUGGCCCGUCUCGACGCCAUGCCUGUCUGCCUGCUGCUGCUUGGCACCGACCCUGAGGCCUUCCAUGACAUGGCCACCUGCCGGCGCCUGGUUGAAGAUGGCAUGCACUCCCUUGGGGCCAUGCGUGCCCUGCGGGAGGCUGCCAGCUUCUCCGAUGCCCCAUCAGCCAAUGCCUCUGCCUACAGUGUGCAGGCUGUGGGGGCACCUGGCCUCCGGCACUUCCUCUAUAAGCCGCUGGACAUCCCCGACCAUCACCGCCAGCUGCCCCAGUUUACCAGUCCUGAGCUAGAAGCCCCAUACAGCAGAGAGGAAGAGCGCCAGCGCCUGUCGGACCUGUACCACCGCCUGCACGCCCGCCUCCAUAACACCUCCCGGCCUCUGCGCCUCAUUUACCACGUGGCGGAGAAGGAGACGCUGCUGGCCUGGGUGACCUCCAAAUUUGAGUUGUAUACCUGCCUCAGCCCCCUGGUGACCAAGGCAGGUGCCAUCCUCGUAGUGACCAAACUCCUGCGUUGGGUGAAGAAAGAGGAGGAUCGGCUCUUCAUUCGUUACCCACCCAAGUACUCCACACCCCCAGCAGCCCCAGCUGCCUCUACGGACCAAGCUUCCCAUAACGGCUUGUUCACUGGACCUUGAGAGGCAGAGCUCCCAGACUGGGCCGUGUGGGGAACCACCACCUUCGGCUUUUACCUUAUCUCCAAGGAGCAGGGUGUGGGGGUUAUUGGUGGUGGUGUGUGUCCCCGUCUUCCUGGGCAAUGGAGCAAGAUCCGAAGGGCUGCCGGCAAAUGAUGGGUGGCAGCCUGACUGCACACAGGUGAGAGGCUGCUUCCGCAGCCCCCUCACGCCCCUCCACCUCUGGGAGACUCCUAAGCCUCCCUCUUCCCUCCCUCUGCCUCGCCUCACCGCAUCCACUUGAUGUUGCAGCCUCUGUCAGGGAAGAAAAACUGCACCUAACGGGCCCCAAACCCACGCCCACAAGGACAUCCCUUUGCCUUUCAUGUACUUCGUUUUUACCCAGUCAAAAACGACCCCAUCAGUGUUGGCUGCAGCUGCUGUGAUGAGAAGGUGGCCGAGAUCCAGAAUUUUUACACAGGGACACUUAGCUUCCACAGCUCAUUCGACUCAUGCGUAUCAUGGAGAUAACCUCUCACAGGCUGUUACAGGAGGAUGUGUGAGAGCAGGGACUUGAACCCUUGUAGAACACCACACAGCACAUGCCCGUUUGUGCCAGACUUUCACAACCGGCACAACACAAGCAACCUAGAGAGGGAGACCUCCCCCGGGUUUCUCUGGGGGCGCACAGCCCUUGCUCCGCAACCAUGAAGAUGCUAGCUCAGCCCUUCUCUUCGCGCACCUGAAGUCGGGGGCCUCGUGGGGCUGCGUGCGCUGUAACGUGCACUCUACGCAUGCGCACUAACUGCCACUCAGGCUCAGUGCGGACCACUUCCGGGAGCUGAAACCUCCUUGGCGCCGCAACCUGGUCAACCAAUGAGCAGAAGCGCACUGGACGCAUGCGCACUGUACAACUUUCCCACCGCCCUUCUGUGUGUUUUUGUUUUUUUAAACCAAUCCUCACCCAAAGCGCAGGCGCACCAGCCUUGCCCGAGAAAUGGCCAUGGCCGGGGAGUUGGAGCAUGUGGACCUGGGGCCGCCAGAAGUCGUGGAGGAGGUUGAGGAGGCUGAAGGUACUGGGGGCGCUUGGGCGUCUGGCGGCCAGGGCGGAAGGGAAGGAGCUUUGUCUCCUUAAAAUAAUGAAAUAUUGAUCGCAGUACUGAAAAAAAGUACAAUUGUAAGCCUUUUAUAGAAAAAAAAAAUGCUGUUUGAAAAAGUAAGAUACAUAACGUGUUUUCUCACCA